GCAGGGGAGACUCCGACUGCGCAUGUCCGAGGUUACGUAUUGACAUUUGCGGAAGAUGCGUUCCAGUUCAGAUCAACAAAGCGCUUGAGUUGCGCGUGUGGCAAAAAAAGCAGGCAGCAGUUGACACAUCGGUUGUUCAUAGAGCUAGUUAGUAUUGUGACUGAAAGCACGCGCAGACUUCAGUGGCAGCAACUUCUGGAUCGCUCUGCUGCGCGCUCUGUGUCUCAGGCGGUCCGCGCGGGCGUCAUCGUCUCUCUCUGUUGUUGUUGUUGUUGUUGUUGUGACGGCACAAACCCGUGGAGCGGCCAGCUGAUCGGGGUUCAUUUUACCUAUAUCGGUGAAACCAUCUGCUCGCUUUUCUGUACGCAGUCAUUCGUUUUUUUACCCCCCAGAGGUAACGAUGGCAGUUCCAGUAGCUGCAUUACAGCUGAGCGCCUCAUCCAGCCCGAGUCUGCUGGAACACAACAUCCACAUCAGCGACAGAGAUUUGGGGAGGAUUUCAAGUGACAAUGAAAACAACACUCUGCCUUUACAUUCUCCGUGGACCUUCUGGCUUGAUAGAUCUCUACCAGGAACAACAGCGGCUGAAUGUGAGUCCAACCUGAAGAAGAUCUACACCGUGGACACCGUCCAGUAGAACUUUUGGAGAGUUUACAACAACAUACCCGGCGUCUCCAGCUUGCCAUUGAGAUGUAGCUAUCAUCUGAUGAGAGGAGAAAGAAAACCGCUCUGGGAAGAAGAAAGCAACGCUAAAGGGGGAGUUUGGAAGAUGAAAGUACCCAAAGAAUGCACUUCUGCUGUGUGGAAGGAGUUGCUGUUGGCUACUAUUGGGGAGCAGUUCAGUGACUAUUGUGCCUCAGACGAUGAAGUCGUCGGCGUCAGCGUCAGCGUCAGAGACAGAGAAGACGUGUUUCAGGUGUGGAACGGGAACGCUUCGUGUUCCAACGAGUCAAACAUUGUGGGGAGGAUCAACGAGCUCCUUCCACAAAUACCUUUCAAAGCGGUGUUUUACAAACCACACGAGGAGCACCACGCUUUUGAGGGAGGUCGAAGACAUUAGCACAUUGUUGCUUCCUUCGGAACGCUCGAUAUGUACAUGUUUUAUUGCUUGUGAACAUGUUUUGGAUAAUAAUUGAAGCAAAUGAGUACAUAGUUGCUUACUAAAUGAUCUUAUUUACCUCAAAACGUAGCCCAGUCGAUGGAAUUCCUCAUCUUAAGAGCACUGCUGUCAUUCAUAGUAAUAUCCAAUGUUUUUAGUCGAAGGCAAACGCAUUAGUUAGUUAAACAUUUUAUUUGUGGCAGUGCUUGUGUGUUUUUAUACUUCAAUGUUUUUUUCAAAUCCUUAACCAAAACAACAGAGUACAUGCCAGAUUUUUUUUUACAUGUAUUAUAGCAUUUGGUGUCAUUUCCUGAGACAAAGACAAAGCUAGGUCUUUGCAUUACAUCUAAGAGGAAGGUUACUUCCACAAAGCAAACCUUCACCUGAACAAUACAAUACGAUUCAAAUCGAAAUACUGUUGCCUAACAUACGUAGUUAGUAUGCUGUAAUGCUAAUUAAUAUAAGAGCAGAAAGUUGCACAUUCUUUUUUUAUUUCUCUUUUUUAGGAUAUGAGCGAAUUGUAAAAGGAAUAUGUUACAAUAAGACGACCUCAGUACACAAAUCAACAAGAGUAGACGCUGAGAAAAAUAUGCAAUAAUUUCUAUUCUGUAGAAUUUGCAGUGUUGUUGUUGUUGUUGUUGUUGUUGUUUUGUUUCUAGCCUCUGCCCCAAAUCAAGCACUUUUGUUUCUUACUGUGUGUGAACUGUGACAACUGAGACCAAAUCCACUUUGGUUUUGUGUCAUCUUUUCUGGUGAAUUGUAAAGCUGUGUUUGUUUCUUUUUUCAAAUAGUAACUUGAGUGUAGGUAACAAAUGUGAUGUGAUAUGUUUUUCUUCUUCUUUUUUUUAUAUAUAUAUAUAUUUUCAUCUGACCUGUGUUUAAAUUGAAUGUGCAAUUGCUACCCUAAAAUCAUGUCCCAGUAAACAGAGAAGGACACCAGAAAAAAAAAAUAAUGUGCCAUAAAUCUCACUUUCCUUGAAGGGAUUGCUCGGGGCCUAUUUCAGUGCAUUUGUACAAAUGGUAGGUGUGAUGCAACCAUUGAUGCAGGGUCAAAUGUGAUUUACUGUUGCUGCACCAAAACAAAUUGUGUCUCACAAAUCUGUAGCUUUAAAGAUGUUUCCUGUGGUCAUGUAAACUGCUGUAUUUGUAUCACUGAAAAACACAAUCAUAUGAGACAAAUGUUGAAAUUUAGGACAAUUACACAUGGAAGGCACGUUUCCCCUGUGUUUGACAGACUGUGUUAGAGGGAGUGAGAUUGACUGGUCUAUGCUGCAUAGAGCAGAGCAAUUUAUUUUGAGUACUGUGAUACUUACACUGUUGAAGCUACGGGGUGCUACAUGUAAUUUACAUGCUAAGCUACUUGCAGCUACGGGGUACGCAUUGAAACCCACAGAAAGACUGCUGCUAUAUGAUUUCUCAAUCAAAUCAAAUGUGAAAGUGUUUAUGAUGCUGGUGUCUUGGCUUUGAGUCGCCGCUUAAGAAUAUUCACAGGAGGAGUUAGUUUUCAGAGCACCACCUUUGCCACAUGUUCCCUUUAUUCUGCUGUAGUUCAUGUAAUAGAAGCACAUACUGUAGGAUAAGGGAGUACUGUACCCUUGCUCAUAUACCGUUUAUCAGCCACUCCACAUUUCAAACGUUGUCACUGAUUGUUGAUCUUGGAUGGUGCCUUGUGUUUACCAGCAGUUCAGAAUGUCGCAUGUGUUCAGCAUGUUGAAAUUGUAUAUAGUCAUGAUUCUCUGUUAGUUUUACACGUGUUUGAAAAAUAAAGAUGCCCAAACUACUGUUA